GCGGCGAAACCCGUUAGGGGCGCGCGCCCUCUGAAAACAAAACGAAUUCUGCAGAAGACUAGAGCGGCGCUUUCGGUACUCUUGGCAGCUUGGGGUACCCUCCUUUUGUGGAAACAGCUCAUUGUCCGCGCGGUAGGGGCCACCCCGUUUUCUCGAGUCGCACGGUGACGCAGUUCCUGAGCGCGCCAACAGGGGCUGGCUGGAGGGCGGGCUCUUCAAAUUUGAAUUCCGAAACUGUUGUGGGUGUCAGGGAACCUCGCGGAGGAAGUGAGGGUCACCUGAGGCCGGGCUGCGGCGGGCUGGAGCUGACUUGGGCCAGAGGCGCGAGCCUUGACCCCACGCGAAGCCAAUCCCGGACUGCCGCCUUCUAGCUCUUUCAGGCCCUUCACCCAAGGUUCCUCUGGGCCCCUGCUGAAGGUCUGCUAUCCUGAAUAUUGUGUUUAAGUGAAUUAUCUGUUAGAGAAAAUUUGUUUCUACUGUUUAUCAAGAUGAUUGCAACACCUUUGAAACAUCCAGGAAUUUAUUUGUCUUCAGAGACAUCUUCUCAAAGAAGAAAUACGCCCAUGCAUGCAAUCUUUUUUGACAGCAUUCCUGCAGGCACGCUUACUCCUGUAAAAGAUUUGGCAAAAUAUCACAACCCCUCGUUAACGUUGAAUGACCAUAAAAAGAAUCAUUUUCGAGAAGUGACAAAUUUUAAUAAUAAAAAUAUAUUUCAUUCCACCAUGCUAGCAGAGGCUACCACCUCUAACAGCUCUCUUGAUAUCAGUGCUAUAAAGCCCAAUAAGGAUAGAUUAAAAAAUAAAGCAAACUAUGAAUCACCAGGAAAAAUAUUUCAAAGAAUGAAAGAAAAAGUACUGCGUGACAAGCAAGAACAAGCAUCAGGAAACUGUAGUUUGUUGGAACCACCAAAAAGUGAAAACAAAAUUUUCACUCCUAAAGGAGCUGAGAAAAGAGUAUUGCAGCAUACCUACGUCUGCGAAGAAAAGGAAAAUAACAGAUCAUCCCAAUCAGAUAACAAUUCACCAAGAGAGGCUCCAUUUCUGAACCAAGAACAUGAAAAUGUUUCAGCUGCAGGAUUCUCCAACAAGACAUUACCUAGAGCUCAGUUGACUAAACAAAUUCUUCACUCAAGGGAGAAUACAUUUGUAACCACGAAGUCUAAAAAGGACACCUUUGUUUUAGAAGGCGUUGAUUCUGUUAUUGAAAAAUCCCAAAAUACUGCUGUUGACACUCUCAAUACUAACUGUGUUCCUGUUAAAAAUGAUGGUCAGUCAAUGGUUUCUGAUAGUAAGAUGACAACAGAAAGGACUUCACAACAGGAAAUUAAUGAGAACACAAUGCCCAGAGAGACUGAUCUUCUGGGUUCCAUGAAUGAUACAUGUAAAAUUGUGCUUGCAACUCCAAGAUUUCAUAUAACAAUACCUCGGAAAUCAAAAAGAAAUGCUUCAAAUCAUUCUCCUCCAAAUACACUUCAAACUCUUACAGAUGGAGUUAAAAAUAAUAAGGUGAUCCAGCUACAGGAAUGGAUGAUUAAAAUCAUUAAUAAUAAUACUGCUAUAUGUGUAGAAGGAAAAUUGACAGAUAUCCCUAACAUAUAUUGGCACAGUAAUGUCAUUAUAGAACGGAUUAAGCACAACAAACUUAGGACUUUAUCAGGAAAUAUUUAUAUAUUAAAAGGGAUGAUAGACCGGAUUUCCAUGAAGGAAGCAGGAUAUCCAAACUGUCUCAUAAGGAAGUUUAUGUUUGGCUUUCCAGACAAAUGGAAAGAGCAUAUUGAUAAUUUUCUGGAACAAUUAAGGGCUUGUGAAAAGAAAGAGGGAAAGGCCAGACAAAAACAGAAAACUGGAAGAUUUGUCCCUGAUAUACGAAAAUCAUCAAAAAAUAAUGCAAGAGAAAACCAAACAGAUGUCCUCCAAAGAGCCAGCACUACUUAUGACGUUGAUUGUUGUCAUUUGGAAGUGAAAAAUGGUAAGCGCAGUAGGUUGCCAGGAGCCACAGAAUUAAACGUGUGCCAUGGUAAUUGCCAAAAUAAACCACCAUUAAGUCUCCCAGAUGACCAAGUAAAUAAUACUUUUCAAAAUGGAGGAGGAAAUGACUUAUCUAAUCAGGAAUUAAUUGGAAAGAAAGAAUGUGAAAACUUGUCUUCAAAGAAACUUGGAAAUUGUGAAAGAACAAAUGAAACGAUAAUUAAAAGUCAGAAGCAAGAGAGAACUGAAGAAUCGAAUGUAUCCAUUGACAUUCUAACCUCAAGACAACUGUUUUUCUCAGAUGAAGAAAGAAAACGUCUGGCUCCUAAUCAGAAGGAAGCUUAUAUUUUAGUGACACCACUUAAGUCUAAAAAAGUGAUAGAACAAAAAUGCAUGAAGUAUAAUCUGUCCUGUGACACCAUUAAAGCAGUAACAGAUUUUGCAGUGCCAAAGCAUCAAAAAGAAAGUAAAUCAGACUUAAAUGGAACUGCACAUAUGAUCAGUAAGCCCACAAAGACCUUCCAAAAUGCAUUUGAGUAUAGUGUGGAUCAUAAAAAUAAAAACAAGGAAGAUUGCAGUCAAUGUGAUUUACUCACAGUCAACCAGAAAAUCAAAAUAUCUAGUCCUAAAAAGGACCAAACGGUCACCUCUGACUUUAAGAAAAAUACAAGGUUGUUUCCAAAAUUGAAGAAAAUCAAAAACGCAUCUAUGUCAUUUUAUGAGCAUCAGUCCUCAUCAGAUUUGUCUAGUGAAGAGAGCGAAACAGAAAAAGGAAUUGGAAAGAAAGCUGAAAUUGCUAAGAAAACCAGAGCAAGGAAUACCAAAGAAAUAGUGGUUCACCCGAGGAAAAGCACAAGAACCACCACAAGGAAAAUCCCAGUGAUUUCUGAAUCUGAAACUGAAGAAAGUGAAAGUGAAUUUUAUAUCAAACAAAAGAAAGCUAGAUAUUCUGCUAAAGAAAAUCUUCAGAAAUCUUGUAUUAGGAAUGAGUCUCCAAUUAUUGAGGCGAUGGGAUCUAAUGAGACAAAUAGGCAUUCCUUUGAAAAUUUUCCUGGUACAAUUCAGGAUGAAGAAUGGAAUGAGAAGGAAUUACAGAAACUUCAUUGUGCUUUUGCAUCUCUUCCAAAGCACAAACCUGGUUUCUGGUCAGAUGUAGCUAUGGCUGUAGGUUCUCGAUCUGCUGAAGAAUGCCAGAGGAAAUACACGGAAGAUCCCAGAGAAAAAGGAUCUCAGAAACCUGUCACUAAGAAAAAAACAGUCAAUCCCAAAGGCCAAAAUGGCAAGAUAGGUGAUGCUGAUAAGAAGCAAAUUAUUAAGAUAACGGCCAAAGUGGGAACUCUUAAAAGGAAGCAGCAAAUGAGGGAUUUUCUGGAACAGUUGCCAAAAGAUGAUCAUGAUGAUUUUUUCAGUACAACACCUUUGCAGAAUCAAAGAAUACUGUUGCCAAGUCUCCAGGACAGUGCAGAAGAGGAUGAUAUUCUGCCAAGUAUGGACAAAAAUCCAACAACUCCAUCAUCAGUUGUCUUUCCAUUGGCAAAAACUCCUCAGUGUCAGCAUGUCAGUCCUGGCAUGCUAGCCUCUAUAAAUAGGAAUGAUUGUGAUAAAUAUGUUUUUCGUAUGCAAAAAAACCAUAAAAGUAAAGGUGGCAUUGUCUGGGGCAAUAUCAAGAAAAAAACAGUUGAAACUGAUUUUUCAAUUCCAACAUCAAGAAAAAAAACCCUGUUUAACAAAGAAUUAGGAGAAAACUCUGGUAUUGGAAAACUUUUCACUAAUGCUAUGGAGUCUUUAGAUGAAGAAGAGAAAGAUGAUUAUUUUUCAAACUCGGAUUCUACAUAGUAAAAAUGAGAAAAUAUUCCCAGGAUUUUUAUUAGGAAGCAGAUUUUUGUAUCUUCUUUUGGAAUACACAUAUUUUCCUUAAAAUGUACCUUCAUAUGAAAUGGUGGAUUCCUUCUCAAAGGUUUUAGGAGUUUGUAUUCAAAGUAAAACAUCCUUCUGUAAAUAUUCCUCAUUGCUGCAGCUUACUAAAAUAUAAGGAAAAUUGUUUUGCUUGUAUAGAUAUUUGUAAAUUUCUGGGUUUUGCAAUAUUAAAAUAUUCUAGAUAAGUCUCUCUUAAGCAUCCAAGUCUGUUUACUUUAAGAAAAUCAUGUUCCAAACAGAUUUUUUUAAAAGCUUCCAAAAAAAUGUUGCUACCCUUAAGGGAUAGGGGAGGGAGAAUGAAAAGUAGAUUGUUACUGCUGGCUACUGAAUUCAUGAAAACGUUAAGUUAGCAUUUGUUACCACUUGGUAUACAAGCCAGAAUUGAUCUUAUGUUUAAAUUACAUGUUGUUGAAACUAUCUGACACUCUUUCUCCUGAUUUUUUUCUUAAAAUUUGUGAUUGGCAUAUCUAUGAAACCUAUAUAAAUUUAUUGCUUUUUCAGUAUUUUAUUAGGUAGAAUCAGAGAACAAAUUUUGUUGCAUUACACCAUAUUUACAUAUGCAGACACAGUUUACAUUUGGUCUCACUAUAAAGACUGGAUUAGACAAACAUUCAAGUAGUUGAUCUACCCAUUGUAAGGAGUCAAGUUAAUAUGCCCUGUCACGGUAAACAUUUUCCUUUCAGAUAGCUCCUUUAGAAAUAAACCUUUUUUUAGCUUAUUCUGCCACUCUGUUUUGAAAUUUGACAUAGAAUGUUUUUCCUGUGGUUAUAGUAUAUAUCAACUUACCCUUUCUCUCCAGUUAGACUGUUCAAAUAAACUUGGUUUGCUUUUAUAAUA